UUUAUAAUACGGCUACUGCCUGAUACUGUGUGACGUCCUCUCAAAUUGUGGCAUAAAUAUGAGGAGAGCUUGAGGAGGCAACAAUGGGACUGUGUAUGUUUCAGACUGGCUGGCUAGGUUAGCUAGCCAGGAGCCUGGGCAGUCAGCUGGCACCCCGACUGGCAACAUGCAGCUUUAUAGCUACUGUACUGCUCCCUGUAUUGUCUGUGGAUACACCUCACGGCUUGCUGUCUGUUAGGAGCCAAACAUCUUUUUUUCAGGCACUGAAGUAGCCAUGUAUUCCUGCCUAAAGGUGGUGUUACCUGAAUGAAACUGGGCUUGUGUAGUUGAGCUGUUUAGCAAUUUUUUGCAUUAUGACAACAAGCAGUGAGGAGUAAAAAAGAUGUCCAUGUGCCUGCCAAAUCACGAUUAUAUCAUUGUGGUAUUUAUGGUGCAGGUUGUUUCAUACCAACUCAAGAGAAAAUGUGAGUUCCAGCCAGCUGUGGGGGAAGUUGUGUGUUAUCUUGUGUAAUUAUAAAGUAUGGGAGCUGUCACUAAGUUGUUUCCCACUGCUAGUAUCUAAUACACUCAGUGGGACAUGCAUGCAUUAAAUCCAAAUUUAGAGUAGCUUCUCUCAUGGUGCAGAUGCGCGCACACCUUGCUCUCAGCGCGUCUGCAAAUAGCACCUCCUAAUAUAACGACAGAGGAAAAGUGUUCCCACCUUGCAAAGUGUUAAAGGUGAUAACAAAAGGUUGACGUCACCGAGCUCAUCCUGAUCCUGCCGCACAACCUCGACCACUGAGGAGGUGGAGGAGGAGGAGAAGGAGGAGGAGAAGGAGGAGUGCAGGAGGAGUACUUUCAGAGGAGGAGAGCAGCUUUUUUGUUGUUGCCAUAACGUCUAAUGGUUCGUGUCUGGAAGGAAAAAGGGUCUAUCUCUGAUCAAAUUUCGGGUAACCUAAGGGCACACUUAACUAAUGGGAUCCUAUCGAUGUUUCUCCCCCUCCAAGCCUGAUCUUUAAACGGUGGAAUGUUAAUGUUUCCACAGCCUGUCCGUGUUAUCUUUGGCUGCUCUGAGUCUGGCUUUAUUGCUGUUUAGUCGGUCUAUAAUGUCAUGGAGCUUGACGGAUAUGAUUAAAAAAAAACGCAGUAAACCAACACUUCUGAGACUGACUGGACUAUGGGAGUGAUCGAGUUUAUUCUGCACAUGUGUGAGGAGAAGUGUGUGUCCCAUGUUGCAUUAGUGUCUCUGUGAAAUGCUGGCCUGUCUGCCAAGGCCAGGUGAACUCCCCCUCCAGCUUCUCCCCCACACGCAGAUGAACACUGGACAUCAGAAAUGUGGAUCUUUGCAGAGUCAUUUAAAGUUACGAGCUUGCAGGUUGCCGUCAGAAGCGAGGCCAGAGCAGCUGCUCUAUUUAUCAUCAGGGAUCAACUGUUAACAGACGAUGGCUGUGAAAUGUUAAGGCUGUCCGAGGAGUAGAUUAGGUUUGCAAAGAGACAGUGGGUCCCAAAGAAAACGGCUCAUUCUCCAGGCAAGAUGAUUCAAGUACCACAAAGUGGCCCUUGGUCUUCAGUUCUGCUUACAGGCAGAACAAACAGGGACACCACACAAAGGAUGCGAUCGGCUCCGUUUCCAACCCCUGCAGAAUUGGAUGCAUUUGCUAAGAAGGUUGCCAACAACCCCCUCACCAUCAAGAUCUUCCCCAACAGCGUGAAGGUCCCCCAGCGGAACCACGUGCGGCGUACAGUCAACGGGCUGGACACGUCGGGCCAGCGCUACAGCCCCUACACCUCCUCUCAGGCCAAGGCUGGCCUCCUUGCCGUCAUCAAGGGGCCCACGGUCAAAGGCAUCCUCAAAGAUUUUGACGGCAGCAGGGCUCGCUUGCACACUGAAGUCGUCAUGAACCCCCACACCGGACCCUACCAAGUGGCUUCGACCAGCACUUUAAACCACCACCAGGCUCUACCGAACCUCACCCGACUCCAGCAGAGCUUACCCCUUCAACAGGACCCACCUCAGACUCUACAGAUGCCCAUCCCUCCGCAGCAGGGUCACAACCAGAGCCUCAGACACCCUCCCCCCAUGGCCCAGCACCCUCAGGGCCCACCCAGACUCCAAACUCUGUCUCAGCACCCGGCCCUCGGCCACCCACAGGGGCCCCCUGGCGUCAUGCUUCAGCAGCAGCAGCAGCACCUCCAGCAGCAGCCGGCCCCCGGCCUGCAGGGGGGCAGACAGCUGCCAGAUGGCGACGCACCGCCUAAUGUUACCGUCUCUACCUCAACCAUUCCACUCUCCAUGGCCGCCGGGCUGCACCAGGACCACCAGGCCGAUCUGAGCCACAUCGUUCAUCAGAUCAACCAGUUCUGCCAAGCUCGGGCCCAGGGCGUGGAGGUCACCUCCAUGUGCGAGGGUCAGAUCGCUAACCCUAGCCCCAUCAAUCGCAACCUGCUCAUCAGCGCCUGCUCCAGGGUGUCCAUGCACAGCAACCCCGCCACCCCUGGUUAUCCCCAACAUAACUGCAUUAUCUGUCCUCAAGAGAAAGCCACAGGGCCAAUGGGAGCCCACCCCCAACACAGCAUGGCUGUUAUGAACCACUUGCCUUCCAACCACAAUGAUCUCAAGCAGCAGCAGCAGCAGCAGCAGCAGCAGCAGCAGCAGCAGCAGCAACAGCAGCAGCAGCAGCAGCAGCAGCAGCAGCAGCAGCAGCAGCACCACCACCUGCAGCAUCUGCAUCAACAACAGCAGCAGCUCCAACACAACGCGCAGCUGCAGCAGAAGAUGCUCUCUUGGAAUCAGCACCAGUUGGCUCACGUUCCCCACAUGCAGAACGGUGGGAGCCACCUCUGCAAGCAGCCUUCCAGGGACCCCGCCUUCCAUUUUAAGGGCAUGGGCUACCCGGCAGAGGUGUGUGUGGGCCAGCCUUACACUCUGAAACCUCCCAUAGAGAGGCCAACGCCCUCUCCACCCGUCAACAACAACGGAAUGCCCGGCCACAUGGCCCACUACACUAACGGCCACUACUUCCAGUCCCACCUUUGGAACAGCAGCAUCCUACCUACACCCAACAGUGACAGCUCCGGGUCUCAGGACAUAGCCAUGCCAUUCCACGGUGCGGGCCCUGGGGGCUGCACCACGCUAGACUGUGGGCCCCCUGGGGCUCCCCAUUACAUGCUAGGAACGAGCUCCUCCUCUUCCUCCGCCCAGUGUAAUCUGAUGCAAACAGCAGAUUACUUGGGUGGGGACUUCCAGACGCCCUACUUCCGCGAUCAGAAUCUAGGGCUGAUGGGCAAGAUGCACAGGCCUCCUCUGAGCAGGGCAGAUCCAGAGGUCGGGGACGGCAGAACCGCUCUCAUCCAGCACCCAGGGUACAGAUAAGCUAUGGCCUUAUCUACACUACAGUUAUCAAACCCCCUUUGUUAAGUCUUAAGAAAGGAAACACAUGAAUACAUUGAUAACUUAAACCGCUUAAAGAGGGUAAAUUAAUACAGGUUUUUUCCCCGUUUUCUUUUAUAAAUCUUGCAAGUGAUCAAUUGCUACUUUUAUUUUUGUUAAUGAGUGCUUUUACCUGGCACUUUAAGGAACUUUUUCAUGUGUAUACUGUGUGUGUCAUUCCCUCCUUCCUCUAUUUUACUAUCUGUGUGCCUGGGUCUAAACAAACCCUGCGUUAUUUCUAUUUCAGACCUUUCAGUUAUGUUUUCUUAUGCAUGUAAGAAAAGAAAAAACAGAUGGAUCCCUGCUACGUCUAAUAAUGGAUGUUUUUUUUAACAGGGUUAUGUCAGGAAUUGUUGGCUCAGACUAGUUUCACUACCUUUUGAUUUGGUGUUAACGCUCCGAUCUCAUCAGAAUUUAAAGAUUAAACGCAAUCAUUUGAGGGCAAAAGAGAGUAAUAAUCAGUGCAACACCACCACACACGAAUAAAAGCUCAUGCACAUGUACACAUUGUUUUAUUUUGCUUUUAACUGUAAUUAUUUAUUUGUAUAGUAGGACUAUUGAAGAUCUAUUCCUCUGUGUCAGUUAAGGAAGCAUGUAAUCAGGUUGUUUGUACAUAGUCAAGCUCCAGCUGGGAGCAGAUGCGUUGAAUAGGCAUUGCUCUGUCCUGCUGAAAAUGCUGCAAUGAAUUCAGGUGUUUAAAAACUAAAAACUUUUUGUCAAUGCCAGGAAGGUUUGGCAACGAGAUUGUGAAAUGUUAAGUGCAGAAAAAAGUAAUGAAAGAUUAACCUUAAAAUGGCCAAAGUCAUGUUAACAAGGACACACUGUUAUGAAGAUGUGACAUUUAUGUGUUUGUUUCCUUUUUGUAACCAUGAAAAAUGUAUUACUUGAAUGUUGAGAUUAUUUGUUUUGCAGUUAUUGAAGGUUGGUAGGUUGGUUGGUUACGAGGACAAAACUCUGGAGUAGAAUGAAUAAAAGUGUUCCUAAUGUUGUUUAGAAACGAGCCUCGUAAGAGUUUUGAUCCUGACAGUGGGAACUUGAGUGAUUUAAGUUAUGUGUGGUUGCUACUGAUUCUGAUGUGAAGUCUGCUCGAAAUUAGACCAAAUUGAUCACUUGCAAGAUCACUUGGAGGAAAACAAAAAGGACUUAUAAGUUUAAAGUGAAACAGCAAAUGCAUUGUUUAUUUUAUUGUACACUGGCUUACCUACUAGACUACUGUAACUCUAAAGUUUAACGAUUGUGUGUGAAUGUCGCCUGCUGAUGAGUUAAGGGUGAGUGUGUAAGAGUGUGUGUGCAUAAACACAAUGACGCCCAUGUUUUGUUCACCUAACUCCCUAACAGCCCUUAAAAAGCCUUAAGUGUUUGGUCCUUGGACUUCCCUUGAAAAUGAGCAUGGUUUUAAUGAAAAACCCCAAAUAAUAAGGAGAAAGAAGAUGCUAAGGAUACACAGAAACAGCAAUUUAUUGGUUUCUUUCUGGUCUUUUUAUUUUAUUGAAGUUUUGUUGACUCGACAGAGAAAUUCCUUUAGAGAUUCUUUAUUAUGGAGAGCAAGAAAAGGAGUAAUAUUUUGUAAUUAUAUAUUUUAGCAAUGUCUAGUUACUGAGCUGUAACCAUUUUUUUCCAAGUUUCCAAGCUUCAGUUUGCAGUUGUGACUAUUUAUAAUACUUGAUUUGCUUGUUAUUUAAAUUUCAUUUUCUUCUUUUGUUUCUUGUACUAUUGCUGUGAAAUGGAAGAAGGUCCACAAGCCUUUCUUUUGUGUCAUUCUGUACGACAGAUGAGAGGCAAGAGAGUGAGAGUUGUGCUACUUUUUUGUAAUAUUGUAAUAAUAAAAUAAAGUUCUAAUUUAUGCUUUGAA